AUGGUUCUGGACUGGACCGCGGCAGCACUAGUCAAGAUUUUGACACCUAAUCCGCCUCCUGUCAUCGCUGUACCUGGUGGCUUUUGUCCUAGAGGGCCAGAUAUUAGAAUCCCUACAUCAUGGCAAGGGCCGCAAGGUUCAUCAUCCAUCCAGCAUUCGUCACAACAAGGUGCCAUUGAGUAUUCGUCGCAACACGCACUUUAUGCUGCUGAGCGUGACCGCUGGGGGAAAAUGGCAUAUGCUUCGUCUCUAGCAGAGACCAUUUUACUUGAAAUUACUGUGGUUCACGAAGGUGCCGGAGCACACAAAAAACGAGUUGUUGCUAUUGGAAACAUAUGUGAGGGUAGGAAGGACGUUGAUGCUCGAAUUGAUGCAUCUGGGCUCAUCAAGCUAGCUUUGGAGACUGUCAUCCCAAAGUUACGCAAAUUUGAUGGAGGAUUUGUCUGGCGUGUUGAGGAGUUCAUAAUCCGAGAUGCUGCAUGGGUGGACCUAUCCAAUCACCCGCAAUUGGUUCCCUAUUUCUAUGAUCAAUGCCUGCAGCCAUCUUGCAAAGGCACCAAAUUGACCUUCAAAUCUAAACAAUUUGCGCUGAUGGUCAUUGUCCCAGAGGCCCAGUGGAAUGAAUAUGAGAAUUGGUUGGAACUUCAUGCGGAAAUGGAAGCUGAAGCUAUCCGAACGAGCUGCACUCAGUCUAGUGAACAUGCUACUGCUCACACAGCCGUCAGUUUCAAUGUGCCCUCGUCAGCAACAACUUCGCUCGCUGAAAAUGAGCUUUUCUUACCAUCCGUGACCACCAACAAUUCUGUGACGGUCUCUACCAAGAGAGCCCACCAGUGUGCUAAAAGCUCUAGCAGUCUCAGUGGUACUUCAUCUCCACCUCGAAAGAAGAAUCCACCUCCCACAGCUUUUCAUUCACCUGAUCAUGAUCUGCUCAAAGAAGUCUUGAAGAUUGGUGGAGGUGCCAACUUAAAUGUGAAGCAAGUCUUUGGACUACAUAGCGAAAGUGUGCAAUUUCACCCAAUCCCUACCCGCGAUACCACCGACCUCUUGCUACACAAACAGCAUCAUUCAUUUUUGGUGGACACGGCUGAAUCUUCCAUUGGACAGCUGACUAUUGAUACAUUGAUGGAUGGCUUCAUUGGAAUUGGUGGCUUCAAGACUGCGAACACUGGAUGGCUCACGCCUGGCCUCAGGCUGCAUCCUAAUAAAUCAUGCAUUUUGAAUAAGAUCACGCCUUGA